AGUAAUAUAUCUUAAAUAGACACACUAUAACUCGUUUGAUGUGUCACCCUCGGCCCCGGUGUGACGUGACCGCUGUGAAAUGAAAGCAAACUAAAUGUAUUACAGGAAAUAAUGCAAACUAAAGCGGAAGACCACUGCGUGUGUUGGCGACCGUACGACGAGGUAGACAGGUACGGACCGCGGGCGUACCGCGCCAGCCGCGGCCUGCUCGCGCUUGAAGACUGGCGCCAAGACCCCUUCCUCUGGCUGCACCAUGUGCCGACCAACAAUGGACUGCAAACUAUUGACUACAUCCUGGGUUCGGAUGACACGUGCUUCUGGUCCAUACCCGAAGUGGAGCGGUACUUCGUGGGUCGCGUGCACUGCGAGCCUGUGCUCUUCCCUGCCCAGUAUCCCACCCUGCCUCUGCCCACUCCGCACGGCAACCACCUCUGGAGGACUCACACGGCGCAGAAAAGAUCGCAUUUUACCUACUUGAAGGAGUUUCAUAGAUGUUUACAGACAACUAUGAAGAGGAUGGAGCUGGAGGAGAGUCAGAUGGAGCGCUUAAUCCUCAGCGACAGAUUGAUACAACUCGACACCAUGGACUACUACAAGAGGAAGAAAUACUUCCAAAGUCUUUUGAAUAUUCUGAGUUUUCAGGAUGGUCUGCAAUUGGUGUGUUUUGAAAACCUCCGUUGCUCGCGGCUGGAGGGUGUUCGUCUGGUCCAGCAGCUCGCCUGUUUCAACGCGCACUCGCUAAAGUACUUAUUUCUCUGGCGGUUCUUUGACAGCAAUGAGAAUCCUCUCCUCGUUAACUAUAGCUACAUUACAGGCAGUGGCGCGUAUAUCCCGCGGCCGCGCACCGCGCACUGCUUCUCGCGCAGCCUGGGAGAGCUGCUGAACCUGCGCCUGCUGUCGCUCGAGUACGCCCACUUGGCGGACGGCACCGGCAACGCGCUCCUCUCGCUGCUUUCUAUACUAAAGAGGCCUCAUUUCACACUUCAGCUGCUGUGCGUGGAGGAGCAGACUCCAGGGCGCGCCGAGCCCGCACUGGGCGGUGGCGGGCUCGGCGUGCCGGACGGCGCGUGGCGGCGCGUCACCGGCGCCUGCCCAGACCUCAACCUCGUCCUGCUCUUCUAUCGUAUGUGGGAUUACGAGCAGGUGAGGCGCUUCUUGAGCCCGAGCGUGCCGCUGCGGGAGGUACACUUGCACAACGGCACGCGACUGCGGGGCGCUCUUCUGGACGUCGACAGUUUCCUCCGACACGUCGCUUACUAUUACGCCAGCACUCUGGUGACAUUAAGCGUACAGCAACGGACGAAUGGCGCGGUGCCGCUGCGGGCGACGCUGGAGCGGCUGCCGGAGCUGGCGCGGCUGGUGUUCGUGGGCGCGGUGCACGAGGAGGACCUCAGGGACUUGCUGGUGCUCGUUGCCUGCGGCGUCUGCUACAGACUGGAAGAAAUAAAGAUUCUGGUGGAAGCGGCCACCGACGGCAGAGAACAUUGCCAAGUUGUCGUAUCUCGUCUGAGGGAACAGUUUACCGAUAUCAUGAAACUUUUCGAUAUUGACUUUACUUUGACUUUAUAUAAAGUUUAGUUUUGAAAUUUUGUAAUAAACUUAACGAGAAUUUAAAUAGUGUUUGUUAUCAUACAGUUUAUAAUAGACAUAUUAUUAAAUUGAAUCUCGAUGCCUCUAAUAUGAAGAUAAAUGCAUAAAACUACGUCCUUAC